CAAACAUUCGUAUUCAUAAUAAUUAAAAACAAAGCACACGCUCCACAUUGUGUUUUCCGGUGAAUAUUCCGGCAACUGCAUGCACCGGUGAACGACGCCGGAAAUGGACGAGUCACAGAGAAUUGGCAUCGGCUUAAUGCGUAGUUUCCCUCGCCGGAGAUCGGUCGAGGACCGGUCAUCUUCCCGGCGGCGACGCUCCAUCUUCUCCGGCGCGGGCAUUUCGGAAUCUGUGGACGCCGACGACUUUGCCGACGUCUUUGGUGGCCCACCGCGAACUCUCCUUGCGCACAAAUUCUCGAGCUCCGGGUCGUUUUACGAGGAAGUUUUCCGGCCGCCGGAGUUUACGUGUCCGGCGCCGAAGGGUGGCCGGAGCUUGCCGGUGUUCAGGAUUCCGGCUAGGAAUGAGGGAUUUUACAGCGACAUAUUCGGGUCGGACGAUGAACGGAGAUCGAGAGAGCGGUCGAGGUCUCUGUCGAAAGAGAAUUCGUCAUCGGCGAUGAGUUCGGAGGAGUUAAGCCCUCGCCGGCCGGCGAUUGGAGAUGACGUGGCACUGUCUGGUUUUGCUUCAAAGCUAAGGCCAAUCAAUAUUCCAUGGAGAUGGAACUCAUCCACUGUGAUGCCUGAGGCUGAGGAAUACCCAAGUAAACUUGGGGUGCCUCUUUUUGCAUGCAAGGACCAGUCAUUUGAAAUUCAGCAUCAGGACAAUGAAUACAAGGAAAACUUCAGAAGCCCCCAUUUAGGAUCCUCAAGAAGAGUCUCAUCCCCAGAAACCAUUAGUCUCGAAUCCAAUUCAUAUCAAAGCAUCAAAGUGUUCACUGAUGACUGGGAGCUCAAUUCCCCAUUUUCUGUUGUCUCUUCGCUUUAUCAAGAACCUGGGGCAAAAUUUUCAGUGCAUGAUCGUGUGCUUUCAGAACAAAUUAUAGAAGGUGAUGAUGACGACGACGACGAUGAUGAAAUUAUGAGCUCCUAUGUCAUUGAACUCAACUCCAACCUCAGAAGAGAAGAGUGUGGAGAAUCAGCCAUUGAUGAAGCAAUUGCAUGGGCCAAAGAGAAGUUUCAAUCACGAAGCUCUGAUGAAGAAUCAAGCGUGAGAAACUAUGGCAAAGAGAAAACUGUUGGAAUAGGAAGCUCUGAUGCAAGUGAAUACCAUGAUGAUGGAAUUGAAAUAGUUCAAACUCAGGAGAAGCAACAGACAGAAACAGAGAAGUUGGACAGAGAUAUAAGAUUGUGGUCAUCUGGCAAGGAAACAGAUAUUAGGCUACUACUUUCAACACUACAUCAUAUUCUUAGGCCUGAGAGUGGCUGGUAUGCUAUUCCUCUUAAGAGUCUAUUAGAAAGCUCACAGGUGAAGAAGGCUUAUCAGAAAGCAAGGUUAUGCCUGCAUCCAGACAAACUGCAUCAAAGAGGAGCAACACUCCUUCAGAAGUAUGUAGCAGAGAAGGCUUUCUCAAUUCUUCAGGAUGCAUGGGCUGCAUUCAUUUCCAUAGAUGUUUCCUUCUAACCAGUGGAUGACUCUAAUCUUGAUAACUCAGUUUUGUCUUGAGAUUUGUGGACAAACACCAAGCUUGACAUUCGGAAUGUCGGGAGCGUUGGUUGACAAGCAGCAGAUAUAGCUAAAUACAUAAACCAUCAGCUCUUUUGUACAAAUAGUUUGACUUAUGGAUCUGAUGUUUUAUUUAUGUUUGUAUCAUAACUUCAUAAGCUGUUUGUUGCAUUGGUAGGUAUUAUUUCUGAUGUAGUUAACAGAAGGUAAUUUGACUGGUCUUAGUAUUUGAUUUGUAUAUGAUAUGACAUGGAAGCAAGAGUUAGUUUGUAUGUGAUUCAUAUGGAAACCUAUAACCCUAUUGCAACUUCAUCUCAUU